UUAUCCCAUUUUUGCCCCGUCCAGAUUCAACCAUACCCGUCCACUAAACACCUCUAUUAGUGAUUCUGUUGUUGAAAUUCCUUGCUAGAAAAUGCCUAAUAGAGUCUAUCACCACUUUCACUUACAAUAAGGCAUAGCAAAGACUCAGAUUUUAGUUUUUUCUAACCCAAAAAUGAUUACUUGCAGGUAAAAGUUCUUUUGUGUGGCUAGGCCAAUAUCCAGUUGUGCUGAUCACAAAUCCUGAUCAUGUAAAGGAGAUUUUCACAAAAAGUUAUGUGUAUCUAAAGUAGACUCAUCCCAAUCCAUUGACCAAGUUAUUGGCCCAAGGUCUUGCAACCAUUGAGGGAGACAAAUGGGCCAAACACAGAAAAAUAAUCAAUCCUGCCUUCCACGUCGAGAAGUUGAAGCAUAUGCUACCAGCAUUUUACGUGAGUUGUAGUGAAAUGCUAAGCAAAUGGGAGGAGAUUGUUCCAAACGAAACAUCAUUCGAGCACGAUGUAUGGCCAGACCUUCAAAAAAUGACCAGUGAAGUCAUAUCUCGAACUGCAUUUGGGAGUAGCUAUGAAGAAGGAAGAACAGUAUUUGAUCUUCAGAAAGAACAAGCUGAAUAUGUAAUUGUAAAAGGACAAUCAAUUUAUAUACCAGGAUCAAGGUUCUUGCCUACUAAAAGGAACAGAAGAAUGCUGGAAAUCGAAGAGCAAGUCCAAACAACAAUUAGGCGUAUCAUCGACAAAAGAUUGAGAGCAAUGGAAGGAGGGGAGACUAGUAAGGAUGACUUAUUAGGCAUAUUACUUGAAUCCAAUUUGAAAGAAAUUGAGCUUCAUGGUAGAAAAGAUUUUGGAAUGACUAUAUCAGAAGUGGUAGACGAGUGCAAACUAUUCUAUUUUGCUGGACAAGAGACAACUUCAGUGUUACUCGUAUGGACAAUGAUUUUGCUGUGCUUACAUCCAGAGUGGCAAGUACGUGCCAGAGAGGAGGUGUUACAUAUCUUUGGAAAUGAUAAACCAGAUUUGGAAGGAUUAAAUCGCUUGAAAAUUGUAACAAUGAUCUUGUACGAGACGUUAAGGCUAUUCCCUCCAUUGCCAGUAAUUGGUAGAAGGACUAGUGAUGAAGUCAAAUUGGGAGAUCUAAAUCUACCAGCUGGAGUGAUACUUAUUAUACCCGCCAUCCUAGUACAUUAUGAUAAGGAAGUAUGGGGUGAAGACGCAAAGGAAUUCAAACCAGAAAGAUUCAGUGAAGGAGUGUCAAAGGCAACCAAAGGACAAGUCUCAUUUAUCCCAUUUAGCUGGGGACCCCGUGUUUGCAUCGGACAAAACUUUGCGAUGAUGGAAGCAAAAAUGGCAUUGGCAAUGAUACUACAGAAAUUCUCCUUUGAACUAUCACCAUCUUAUACACAUGCUCCAUUUGCAGUAGUGACUAUUCAUCCUCAGUAUGGUGCUCCUCUGCUUAUGCGCAAAAUUUAAGAUGAUACUUUACGUCAUUUGGCACUAUACAUUGAUCUACAUGCAUCAUUCAAAUGAUCGAUACUAUAUUACUGCAAGAUAUCGCUAAAGUCAGGCUUCGAAUUUGAACAUUAAUAGCACUUUUAUUAAUGUUAUCAAAGUUGUUAGCUUCUUAACUUC